ACGAGCGGCGACGAAGCAGGGACCAGCCGGAGCGGGGCGCGCGCAGCAUGGCGGCGGAAGCGGAAGGGAGUUCUCCUCUCCUGUUGCCGCCGCCACCACCCCCACCCGGGAUGGCGGAAGUGGAGGCGCCGACGGCGGCCGAGACGGACAUGAAGCAUUACCACGGCUCCGGCGGCGUCACCAUGGACGUGGAGCGGAGCCGCUUCCCCUACUGCGUGGUGUGGACGCCCAUCCCGGUGCUCACGUGGUUUUUCCCCAUCAUUGGCCACAUGGGCAUCUGCACCUCCACAGGAGUCAUUCGGGAUUUCGCUGGCCCCUACUUUGUCUCGGAAGACAACAUGGCCUUUGGAAAGCCUGCCAAGUACUGGAAGUUGGACCCUGCUCAGGUAUACGCUAGCGGGCCCAAUGCCUGGGACACAGCUGUGCAUGACGCCUCUGAGGAGUACAAGCACCGCAUGCACAAUCUCUGCUGUGACAACUGCCACUCGCACGUGGCGUUGGCCCUCAACCUGAUGCGCUACAACAACAGCACCAACUGGAAUAUGGUGACACUCUGCUUCUUCUGCCUGCUCUAUGGGAAGUACGUCAGCGUCGGGGCCUUCGUGAAGACCUGGCUGCCCUUCGUGCUCCUUCUCGGCAUCAUUCUGACCGUCAGCCUCGUCUUCAACCUCCGGUGAUGGCUGCCCUGUGGCCCGGAACCCACCAGGCUCCCAAAGAGGCAGCUAUCACCCUCUUUUGGUUCCAGAUUCUUUAUCUUUACCCCAAAAGACAGGGUUGGCCUGUUCUUUUGGACCCUGGGGUGUGGGCUAGGUGGAAGGGCUGAGGAUGAGCUGUGGGGUGGGAGUGUUUGUUUUCUCACUGACCACUCAGAAGCCCCCUGUCCCUUCUCCCCAGGCUUGUGACCCCCGCCCUUAAGGCCCCCUCUUUGUUCUUGUUUUGGAAAAGCCUUAGCUUUUCCAAAGCAAGCUACCCUUUCCAAGCCUUAGCUACCCUCUGUAGAGCCUCUCUUGCCAGUGCCUGCUGGGCCCGUGCCCAGUGUGGGGAGGGGAGGACAUUUGGACCCACUGGACAAGGCAGCACUGGGACCAGAGCUGGAUUAGGAGCCUGCCCUUCUGCAUUAGCUCUGGUCCUGGGGUGGGUCGGGGUACACUGAGAAGUCCCUAUAAGCUAAGCUGCCCUAGGCCUCUAGAACAGUCCAGAAGGGCUGGCUGG